AUGCUGGAAGCCAGCUGUGGUCAUAAGUGCGCAAUGAUUGGGAAAUAUCGGUUUUGUGAGCUUCAGAACUUUAUUGAGAAGUUCCAGGAAGUAAAGGAAGCAACGAGACAAGCAGCAGCUCAUCAGAAAUCCCACCAGGCUCAAGUCAAUGGUAGUAGCAUCACUCCAUCUACUUCUGGGAGUGGUUCCCCCAGCAGCACCAGGAGUCAAGCUAAACAACAACCAGCUCCUCCUGAGAAGAAACCAACUGAAGAACAGCCUGUAAAUAGUGUAACCAACCAAAUAGAUCAGAUUAGUCUCUCUUCAUCUUACUCUGCUAGCACACAGAAUGAGAUAAAUAGUCUCAAGUCUCCUCUUGUUCCUCAUCAGCGAAGUCAAAGCCUCUCUCGUCUCCAAUCUGGAAAGACUCCGGGCAGCCCAAAACAUCACCACUUGAAGGAGAAAUAUUCAGUUCCAAGUCUCCCACAAUCAGCUGUUGAAGCUCAACUGAAGUAUGAGAAUGAUCGAUUAAAAUUAGCAUUAGCACAGAGUUCGGCUAAUGCCAAGAAGUGGGAAAUUGAACUACAGACUCUAAAAAAUAAUAAUGUGCGGUUAGCUGGUGCACUGCAAGAAAGCACAACAAAUGUGGAAGAAUGGAAGAAACAGCUGCAAACUUUGAAAGAAGAGAAUGCCAAAAUGAAGACAAGGAUACUUGAAUUAGAAGCUGUAAGUGGAAACACAGAGGCUUUAACAGAGCUAACCCAAGAAGUCAUCAAUCUUCGAGCCAAAGGAGACUCCUUAGCUACAGAAAUCAAAAGAAAAGAUAAGGAAGUGAACUUUCUGAAGAAGAAAUUAGACGAACCUCAAGUACCAAAUGUGAAAGUUGAAGACAAACUAAAGGUCUUGCUUAUGGAAAAUGAAGGACUCAGAAUAAGCAUUGGCAAACUACAAGAACAAGUUGAUGCUGCUAAAGCCACCAAUUAUUCUAAGAGAGCAACACUGGAGCAACUGAAUCAGCGCCUUGCCCAGAAAAUCCAGGAAUUUCGGGAUAUCCAACAAGAACUGGCUAGUUUUAUUGACUCCUGAUACUUCAUCGUCAGCAUUCUAGUCCAGAAAUGUUUCCCAAUUAUGGUACCUUUUAUCAGUGGUACCCAUUUUUUUCUAUCUUUUUUUUUUGUUGUUGUUUUGUUUUGUUGUACUCAACCAACAGUGUUAUCACUGUUGGGUAAUGGAAAUGAGAUUACAACUUUUAUAAUUAUUGUUAUGAAAAAAGUGAAACUAAAGACGUUUAGCUAGAGAACCUUUUUCUUGGUUGUUAAAUAUGGUUCUGAUAGAAUAAUUUAUAUCUGAAACAAGUAGUCAUAAUUUCUAUUCAUAGAACUUUGUUUUUUAACAUACUUAAAUGUUUGUCCAUGACCUAGAAUUUUAUGAUUUUUCAAGCUAACAAUGACUAAUAUUUCAUCAAUAUUUUGAUGAGACAUAAAACUAGUAUUUAGUAUGGUAUGAAGAUUGCUGUAUGUUCAGCUUUGCAAAAGUUAGGAAUCAUAAUGAUUAGACCAUUGUUUGAGUCUGUUUUUUCUAAUGUUUAACUUAUGAGAGCUUUUAAUGGUUCAAUAUUAUUUUUGUUUUUCUGCAAACAAGUUUAGUUUUUUAUUUCUCCUACUUGUUUUGUAUUAACUAACUCCAUUUGUGGAUCAAUAUUAUAACCUGCUCAAACACAAAACCUCCAAGUUUUUUUAAAGAUAAAAUACUACUUCAUGAUGUAUAUGAUUAUUUCUAUAGAGUAACAUAUCAAAGUAGCACUUUCAUACCAAAAAAUUACCAUAUGUAAGAGUAACAUGUUAUCAAGAAUUUUACAGAGAGGUUGAUGAACUUAAAGAAGGUUUGGUUUGUUUCAGAUAGUUGCACAAAGUUACACAAAAGCAAUAGUUGUCCCUAAUUUUGAACUGAUAGUCUAGAGGAAAGGCUUCUAGUCAACAGUACCCACCACCAACUUUUGGGCUACUAAAAUUGAAUAGUUGGAUAUUACCAUCAUUCUUAUAAUGUACCCACAUUCCCAAAUUUGCAGAGCACAUUUUUGUGGCAAGAGAACAUGGAUCAUGGACCCUCAGGUCUACAGUGUGGACAAAUUAACCAGUACGUCAUGCCCAGCCUACAUAAAGAGGGAACAAACAAGCAGUAACAACCACUCUAUCACAAUGCAUGAAAAGGUUCAAACCCGUGAUUUUAUAUGAUAUGUGGUAAUUAUUUAUUUUACAAACUAAUGGCACUUAUUUCUGCUCUAAUUUAAUUCCAUUUCAAACACACUUAAAUAUAAAAAUACUCUGACCUGUUUUUUUAUUUUAUCUAUCUAAGUCAUUCAAAAAUAAUGUUACUUAAAGUUGUGAGAAAUGUGUAAAAUUACAGUUUUAUUCCAUUUUUACUGUUUAGUAUAUAUAGAGCAUGUAUAUUAUGCUUAUAUAUAGGUUUAAUCCUAUACGUAGAUCUAACAUAGAAAAAUAAUAGAACUGUUUUAUGAGUAAGUCAAAACAAAGGCUCUUUUAGAGCUAAUAGACACUUUACAUCUAUUGUAUGUAUGUGUGUGUGCAUGUAUGUAUCAGUUUCAAGUUUAUUCUUUUUCAUUGCGUGCAGUUGUACUUAGCUGAUUUGACAUUUUGUUUUUGUGUACCAAAUCUGUGGUUAUAUAGUUGCCUCAGACAUCAGUCUUCCAAGUUUAAAAAAAUGUGCUUUUAAAAUAGCAAUGCACAUAAAUUGAAUGACCCAAAAAAGUCAAAUGGUUUUCUAAGUAUAUUCAUAUCCCUAAAUGUAUUGGUAGUGGUUUCUUACAUCUCGUUUAUGCUAAAAUUACAGUAAUACAUAUGGAGAUAAUUUUAUCAACACUUUUUGUAUCCCUCACCUGUUGAAAAUGUUUCAUCCAUUACUAAUAUUUAAAUUCUCUUAGAUAAAGAACCAACAACGAAAAACAAAUGAGUUAGUGAAUUUUUAAUAAAAAUGUGUUAUAAAAUAUGUACUCAAGAAAAGAUAAGAAACUGGAAAUUGCAGAGGUUAAUGUAGUUAUACACGUUUAGCAUUUACAUGUCAAGGAUAUAUAUGUGUACUGAGAUGAAAUGAAACUUACUACAGACACAAGUAUGCAUGUAGUUAUACACGUUUAGCAUUUACAUGUCAAGGAUAUAUGUGUACUGUGAUGAAAUUAAACUUACUACACACACACACACAAGUGUGCAUGUAGUUAUACACGUUUAGCAUUUACAUGUCAAGGAUAUAUGUGUACUGUGAUGAAUGAAAGUUACUACACACACACAAGUAUGCAUGUAGUUAUACACGUUUAGCAUUUACAUGUCAAGGAUAUAUGUGUACUGUGAUGAAUGAAACUUACUACACACACACACACAAGUGUGCAUGUAGUUAUACACGUUUAGCAUUUACAUGUCAAGGAUAUACGUGUACUGUGAUGAAUGAAACUUACUACACACACAAGUAUGCAUGUAGUUAUACACGUUUAGCAUUUACAUGUCAAGGAUAUAUGUGUACUGUGAUGAAUGAAACUUACUACACACACAAGUAUGCCAAUUCUGGCUUGGAAUUCUUUGUAUAAUAUGAUACUAUUUGUUUGUAUACAACUUAACAACAGCACCAUAAUGAGCACAUUUUGUAUUUUUAGGCUUCAGCAAAUGUGGUAUGCUUCAAAAAUAUUUCUCACUAUCUUUAAUACUGUUUCAAUGGUUUCUGUUGGUGGUGGGUUCUUGUAGGUUAUUCAGUAGAAAAUAAUACAAAGUCCAAUCUGCUUAACGAUUUUUUUUAAAAACGUUUUAUAUCUUUUACUACAAAAUCUUAUGUUAGUUUAACUAACAUUCAUUAAUAGUUCUAAGUUCACAGAAGAUACUAAUACAACAAUUUCAUAUGCACUUACUUGCCUACCAUGCAAUGUUAAACCACCCUUUGGCCAAAUAACAAUACAAACCUAUAGAAAUAUCCAGUUUAAAAAUAUAGCCUACUACAGUGCAUCUAUCUGUGUCAUCCAUUUAAUGGAACAUCUAGAAACUAGGCAUAAUGAUCCACACUGUUUCUUAAUGGUCAGCUCUAUACAAAUUUAAAAUCUUAUAAAUGUGAAUACUAGCUAAUAUAGGUUGAAGUAUGAUGUUCAUAAUAAACAUAAUAAAAUCAUGAAACUAUAGAGUAUUGCCCACACAAUUACUCUUCAAUGUUCUGUUUAAGUUGAAGAGUUAGCAUGCAUCUGUGUGUGUGCUGGAUUUUCUAUGACAAAACUAUAUUUAAGGCUGGUAGCAUGGCACUGUUAUUAUGUGAAUAUUUCUUCUUGCUUUGAUUCUUUGAAAUAUGAGAUAGAAAUAUGCUAGAAAUUCUCAUAACCAGAAGAAUAUUACACCUUGCUUAAUAAUUUAGCCAGAAGAAUAUUACACCAUGCUUAGUAGUUUAACAAGAAUAAUAUUACACCAUGCUUAAUAGUUUAACCAGAAGAAUAUUACACCAUGCUUAAUAGUUUAACCAGAAGAAUAUUACACCAUGCUUAAUAGUUUAACCAGAAGAAUAUUACACCAUGCUUAAUAGUUUAACCGGAAGAAUAUUAUACCAUGCUUAAUAGUUUAACCAGAAGAAUAUUACACCAUGCUUAAUAGUUCACUUAUUAGGUACUACAUAUAGUGUCAGAAAUAACUUUUGAAAUAAUGGUCCAAAUUCUACAGUGCAAGUAUUAUGUUUAUACAUAUAAAAAAAGUAACAUCUUAGAAUAAUAUGAUCUUUGCAAAGAAUACUUACUUUGUUUAUAUCUAAAUCCAAAAAAAGAGAGUAUACACCAUAAACAAAAGACCAGUGAAAAGUUGAGUUUAAAAUCUGGAUAUAGGUUUUUAUGUUGCUAUGACAUACUGCUAUGGUAUUCACACGUGUGCCCCAUAGAAGGAAUAGUAUACAGCAAGGUCCUGAUAGAUUCAGGUUAUUAUAUCUAGUCUUGCUCAGACAUUUGCUGUGUAAGUGUCUGUAACUUUAAGAUGUGUAAGUAGCAGACGAUGACUGACAUGGUUAAAUGUUAGUCUUUGGUUGUGUUGAAACACACACUAUAUAUUGUAUUGUGGUUUGUAACUUGCAGGUUUUAAAUUGAAGUCUUUGUUUUUCUCCAUAAUAGACUAUUUGUAGAUUAAAGGUUUUCUUGUUAUUUGUUUUUAUAGUUGUAACUAAGAUGAGUUAGCUUUUUUUAUUGUUUUAGAAGUUCACUUGGAAAAAUUGUAUCCUCCCCUAAUGUCCAUAGUGCCCUCUAUGAUAAAUACUAGUAACUAAUUGAAAAUAAUAAUGGAAUAAGGCACUUGAUAGUAUUAUCCUGUAAUAAGCAUUGAUUUAAAUUUUCAAUAACCCCAUUUCUUGACAAAGUAAAUUUAUAAAUACAGAAUUAUUGAAACUGGAAAGUAUUUCAAUAGUUUUUAAUAGUGUUUAGUAAGUUGUGAUAAAACAUACAAGAUAUUAAAAACAUGGUAGUACCAAAAAACAUCUUUAAUACUGA